AUGGAGCCUCCGCAGGCGGCAUCUCCGGCAAACAUCUCCGGCAUCGAUAAAAGCCUCAACUCCGGCAAACAAAUCCCUUCUUCGCAGGCGGCAUCUCCAACUCCCGCAAAGACCCACUUUCAGAGCAGUCGCACAAGUAUUGUGUUCUUAGAAACUCCAUUUGUUCCUAAGACAAGUGUGGAGACAAGUGUAGAACAAAAGUAUGUGACUAGUGCAAGAUCCUCAGAAGUGAGAGCAACAUCAUCGGGAACCAAACAACAUCGUAAAAGAAAUCGCAGUAAUGAAGACAUUGAAAAGAUGUCUCAACAACUUGGAGAAGUGGCAGCUGCUUUGAACAAAAUUAGUGCAAACAAGCUUGAUAUCAACCAACUACAUGAAGAGAUUAUGAAGAUAGAAGGCUAUAGCGAAGAAUUUCUGGACUUGGUAUUCGAUCAUUUGGUGCAAAAUGAGAAGCUAGGAAAAGCAUUAAUGGCGAAGAGUCAAAGACUUCGUUUGAUUUCUCUUGAGAGGUUCAAGAAAGAUUGGGGCGUCGAAUAAAGUACGUGAACUGAAUUAUGCAAUUGCCUUGAUUUCUUCUUCGCUGGAAUUGACAAAGUCAGGUUUAGGAAGCCAGUAAUUGCAGGAGACACUUUGGUCAUGAGAAUGACACUCAUCAAGCUGCAGAAACGCUUUGGAAUAGCAAAGAUGGAAGGAAAAGCCUAUGUUGGAUGUGACUUGGUCUGUGAGGGUGAAUUUUUGAUGACCACAAGCAGCGAAUGACUAUCUGUAGCCUGGUUGGUUGCAAACGUUAGGAAACUUGUAUUUUCUCCUUGCUUCCUGCUUUCCGCAAUUUUAUGUUUUCCAAGAGUCUGGUAGGUAGCUGCUUGUUGACAAUUACAGCGACUCAUUUGUAUCGCAUUUUAGAUGGUAUCUGCAGCAUCUAGUAGAAGAACUCCGCUAAAAUGGGUUGAGUAUAUUGAAGACAAAUCCAACAGUUUUCUACAUUAGGUAGAUGUAGUUGUGACUGCUUGUAUAACAUAAGAAUUCAAAUGUUUUUGAGAUUCAAAAAGCAGAGUUGGAAUCUUCUUUGUUCGGUA